AUGUCUGAGGUAUCUGAGCGAGUUGCUGAGGCGCUCCGCCACGACUUCCCCAAGUGGGUGGCCGAGAAAGAAGCGCGGGAAGCCGCGGCGGCCCAGAAAAAGGAAAAGGACACCGAGUUUUGGUUUGUCUCAAACUGGGCAUUCCACCUAGACGGAGUCCAGGAGUUCACUCGCAGACUCCGACAUGACUUCCAACGUGUGCAAGUCUCAUAUGACUUGCACACCUCUUGGGUCAGGGUCAGGUGCCUGAUCGCCGACGAAGCAGCGGUUAUGGCUGCUUGCCAGCUAAUAUUGGACGAUAUAGUCCAAAGAGAGCUUGCGGCCGAACUGUCUUCCGGAAAUAAGGUUUUUCCUUAUCGCACACCGGACAUCGGUGAGCUUGGGUUAGCCACUGCACCUCCUGAAAUCCAAUCCGCUGCCUCUAUAGAGGUAUGGGAGAUCCCUGAGGGGCUUCUUGGAAGAGGCCCAAACCCUUUGAGACUAGUAACGGCCGAGGUAUUGGCCAAGUUACAACAUAUCACGGGUUGUGCCCUGGCGUUGGGGGGGGAUGGGCUUGCCGUAUUUAUCGGCGGCAAAUCACCCCAAGAGAUGGGUGUAGUGGUACGCAAGCUACAGACUCUUGCAAACUAUGCUGGAUUGCCAUAUCCGGCUGAUUUAACCUGUUGCAAGAGUUUCAUUUACGCCGAGGACAAGCAACAGAGUCCUGGCACAUUUGUUUAUAUGGGACAUGAAAGGAAACCUACCCUGUCGACUUUCUUCCUUGAUAGAUCCGUGUACAGAUUGGGCAAAGACGGUUCCGUAUACGGAAAAAUGUUUGGGCAGGGUGUAGUUGUGGCUCUAGCAGGUAACGACUCCCAACCAACCAAAGGCCCAGCAAAAAUUGCACCAUCUAUAUCGCCCGAGUACAGAAAUGAACCAUAUAGGGCAUUCUCGCCUUCCAUGUGGAGUUACAAACCGAAGUCUAGAGCUUAUGGGUCGGAUAAGGUCUUAUUCAACCCUAAGAAUAAUCCACAGGUUGUCUCUUGGGUUACCCAGCUGCCUAACCCAGAGUACAACCAAGGCCUUUCUCAACAGCCUUCUUACAAGCACCAGAGUACACAUUUGGAUGAUAAGAAUGUUGGUUUACCAAGCCUGAUGCCACCUGAUCCUCAGGCAGAAACAAUUGUAGAACGAUCUGCCGGUACCUCCAAGGAUCCGGAGAUACUUCCGGCGGAACAGGACCUUAUCCUGUUCGACGAGCAACAAACGGAAGAGCUAUCAGCAAGUAUCAACAAAGAAAGUGAGAAAACAAGCAUCACUCAGCCAGGAACACAAGCUCCUCAACAUCCACCAGCGUCUGAAAUCGAACCUGAUGACCCAUUCAUUAAGUUAUGGAAGGGUGCUCGAAUAGGGGAACUCCGUGUAGAACCUAGCAUCCCGCCCCCGCCUCGGCACUCUACCAUGAGGCAGCAGGCAGGUCGCCGAUAUGAUGGUUUACAAGUCCGAGGGUCAGAUCCCGAUCCCGAAUUGGCUCGAGCCAUUGUCAAGAGGCUUGUCCGAAUGAUGGGGUCACUGGAGAUUUUCACUGGUAAGGUGUCUUUGAAAGCUGAACUUGGACGUUUUUGUCUCACAAAGAUCAAUCACGACCACGUAUAUUUGAAGGGUAGCGCUUGUCAAGAUAAGGUCAAGUCACUACAGGACAUAAAAGAUGUCUUGGAUAGACAUCACGUCCGACCACAGGAUCUCAUAUUCACAAAGAUUCUUACAGGACAAGGCGAAGAUGCAAAUUAUAUCGCAUUUGCGGAAGGUAGUGAUAAGCAAAGACUAUGGGUGCCCACUGAUCGCAAAACUAUCUAUGAGAUCUACUGCUGCGCUAAGAUAGCAGGCGAAAAGUUUCAAAAGUUCAUAUUGGAGGUUGACGCCAAAGAUUUCACCUAUAGAAUCUAUGAACUGGACGGUGAUUCUUGCGCUGUCUUUGUGCAUUGCCCCAAGAGGGUAUGGGACUUCCAAGUCACCCUCACUAAGUCACAAGACUUGAGCCUAACUUACGGUAACUUUGCAAAGGACCUUAUUGACAGCAUGCGUGUCAUAAACCAAGACUCUGGCAUACCGCUAUUGGAAUUCAUUGUUAAGGGAGUAUACCAGGCUGAGAUAAUGCUUGUCCGAACCCGCAACAUUGCGUCUUACGCCAGGAAAGGAGGAAAUAUUCGACCCCUUUCCAACACCUCUGGUUCAAAGUCAUCAACUACAAGCAUACUAGAGAUCUGCGAGGUGCAUGACAUGGCAUCGAGGAUCAUUGGUAGAGCAAAUAACAAUGUGACCAUUAUGUUUGAGCAGUACCGUGGAAAUCCGCAACGUGGUCAGCUACCAACCUGGUAUGAGGCUUCAUUGCAAUCUAAGGAAAUCAACAAGGCACUGAAACAGAAUCGAGACCUCGAAAUAGGCGAGGAAGUUUCUUGGACACCUCAGCAGCUCCGGCAGGAGGGGGCAUUUGAUGAAAUCAUCAAAUCUGCAACAGAGAUGGUAAAGAAGAUUGAUGGAGUAGGUUACUGGGGAAAUAACUUCCAAGACGCAACAAUUCAUAAGAUUCCCCCUUGGGGAAAGGAGACAUCUUCGCAACAUCCAACUUUUAACCCUUUCAUCCGAUAAUGGAACACUCAGCUAGGGUGUAUGAAUGGUUGACCUUAUU